AUGACCGAAUUGCAAAGACAACUUUCCUUUUUGCAGACAGUCUUUCCUCAGACUACUGCCACCAAAUUAAAGAAGGGAAAGGAAUCCUUCUUAUUCACUGCUGAGAAGGCUGCUAGAUUAACCUAUGAGGAUGUUCAUGUUAUUGGUGCUGACGGGUUGAAGGAAUUAAUUCGUUUGGAUCAAAGAUUCGGACCUUUCCAAGAAUCACUCUUUCACCCUUCUUCUGUGGAUAGAAAUAGAGAGAUGGAAACCAAGUCUGAAAACGAGAAAUUGGAUAAGCAAGUUGAAACUUUCAUGUUACUUUUGUCACCAUACUUUUUAUUAAAAGCAUCACACAAGGCUAUUGAAUAUUUAGUCAGAAGAUACAAGAUUCAUAUAUAUAACGUUGAUGCUAUUAUGGCUUCGAUUAUACCUUAUCAUGAAACAACUUUCUUUGCUCGUUUUGUCCAACUUUUAAAUAUUACUCCAACUAAAUGGCACUUUUUGGAACCUAUUCAAAGUAGUGGUGUUGUUAUGAGUAGAUCUACUUUGUUACAACGUUGUUAUACAGAUUUUUCAGUAUUCAUUUUCAUUUGUGAUGCUAUGAAGGCUUAUAUUGAAAGAUCUAUUGAUAACAAGUCAUUCAUCAACUUUUAUGUUGUUCUCACUGUUGAAUAUGUUUCUGGAAACAAAUUACAAGAAAUUGCUUUGAAGAGAAUUUUAUCAUAUGUAUUCUAUGGUUUAAAGUCUUUUGAUCCAGAUUUGGUUGCAGGUUCAUUGAUGAUUACAACUCAAAUUUCCUCAAGUGUUACUCUUUCUGUUUCUGUUGUGGAUGCCCUCAUUGAAGUUUUAAUUCCAGUAAUGACAAAGAGUGAUACGGAUAGUGUUUUGAUGUGUUUAGUUUUCUUGUUCCAAAGUCAACCUAUUUCAAAGAUGAGAACUUCAUUUGUUAAAUCAUUAUCAGAAAUUGAAGGUUUUGUGGAUUCUGUCAAUAGAUUGGUUGCUCUUAACAAUAUUGAUAACUUUUUGAAUGCCUUUUUGAAUACUCUCCUUGAAUACAGUUUCGAACAAAAUAGUGUUACCCUUCUCGAAGAAAUGGUUACUAAGAUUGAUUUCACAAAUACUGUACCAAAGGUUAUUGCCGUUUUACUUAAUUUAUUUAUUUCUGAUGCUUCAUUCUCAGAAAUUAUCAAGAAGGUAUUGCUUACAUUCGAAAGAAGAUAUAGCUCGGAAACUGAUAGAGGGUUAGAGUUGGGACUUCGUACUCUUGAUGAAGAACAACAUGGAAAAGCUCUUGAAUUUUAUUCAUCUGUUUUUAAGGGAUCUCAACAUGAAAUUAUUCCAGAAAUUAGUACUACCCUCUACCUCUCUCUUCAACAUCACGAAAAGACAGUUCGUAUUCUUGGGUUGAAACAUUUAGGAAAGAUUGCCAAGACAACAGUUGAUGAACAAACUAAGUCAUUUAUUACAGAGUCUUUGUUGGAAAGACUUAAUGAUGAAGAUCCAACAAUUUUGAAUUUUGUCCUCAAUUUACCAGAAGUUUUGAUUUAUCUUACACCUGAAAAGAUUGUUGAUAAGAUUGCCCACAUUGUCAAACAAAUUGAAGAUAAUAAGGCAGAUGAGUCAUCAAAGGUUCUUUCUCAAACUAUUGCUGAAAAGUUUUUGAUUGACAAGAUAUUCUCUGCUGGAAGUGUUGAAAAGAUGUUAACCUUUGUUUUCAGAUUCCUCUUACUCACUGCUGAUUUCAAAGAAACCAAUGUUAAGGUUAUCAAAUCUUUGCAAAAAUUGAGCCAUCCAUUGUUCAAGAAUCUUUCUAGUGUCACCAUCAAGGAUGCUGCCUCAACAAAUACUCAAAUUAUCAACGCUAUAGCUAAGAAUAUUGGAUCUCAACCAGACCUCGCAUUAAUUUGUGAAAAUACUGCUGUUAAGGAAGGUUUGGGAACCAAGGCAGUUUUACUCUUGUUGGCUUCUGCAAUGAAGCAAGCCACCAAAAAGGAUGCCAAACUUUUGAUUGCUUCCUCCAUUCUCAGAUUGGUCAAGAAGUUCAGCUUAAAGUCUGGUCUUGCUAUUUCUGCUAAGGACGUUUUCCAUCCAAAUCAAUCAGCUAAUGUUGACACUGGCCUAUCAGUUAUUAAUUUAAUGUUCUAUGCUGCCUACUCAAUGCUCGAAAACUUGGAAGCCGAAUCAUUGAAUGUUAAGCAAAUGAUUAACCACUUCAAUGGAAAGAGUGAAUCCAAGUUUGAAUAUACCACUCUCUUGGCUGAAUUCUUCCUUACAAUCUCUGAAUCAAGACUCUUCGACCAAUUCACUUCUCAUAUUAAGGUUUUGAUUGAAAAGCAUUUGAAGAAACAAUCCUUGCAAUUCUUAUCAGUAUUCUGGGCUUCUGAUUCUGAAUUUGUUUCAUAUAAGCCAAAGAUGAGAAGCUUGUUGAUUGGUGUUAUGAUGAUGGAAGAUGAUGUUGACUACCAAUUCUUACUUCCAGGUCUCUUUAUUGCUUUGCAAAAUAAUUUGUCAAAGGAUAUGUGCUCUGCAAUUAUUUCUUGCAUCAAGAGAGUUCCAGGAGCCAAGCUUUAUGAACACGAUUUGAAGAGUCAUCUCAAGCCAUUAUCUAAGGAUACCUUGAAAAAGAUUGCCACUACAAUCGAAUCAAGAAGUUUUGAUUUGUCUGCAGAUAGUUCCCAUAUCCAACAAAUUAUUACUGAAUUACCAACUGAAGUUGCUGAUAUGAUUUUGAAAGUCAUUACAGUUAGCGAAACAACUUUUGAAAAGGUUUCAUUACUUUCAUCGCUUUCUCAACUUCCAUCUACUAAGGUUAUGUCUUCAUUGUUCUCUCUCUUCACAACCUACCUCAAGAAGAUUGAAUCUGGAGAAACAUUGUCAAGAUUGGAAAUUUUAUUGGUUUCAAAAUUGAUCAAGCUCGUAGAUAUUGAUCUUCUCACUAGCCAAAAUCCACAAAAGUACUUUGAAGAAGGUUUACUUAAAGCUAUUUCUAUUGCUAAGCCAGCCACAACAACUUCUGCCAUUACUUUCAUCCCAUCUAUUGAAGUUGUCAACAAUAUCACAAGCCAUCUCUUGAAGAAUAUUAGUGAAAAGAACCAAAAGGCUCUCUUUGAUACUAUUGCAAAAGUUUUGCGCUCAUCCACUAACACCAAGUUGACUCAAGUUUAUCAACAAAUUCUCAAACAAUUGCCAUUGAAUCCAGAAAUCCUUAAGAAUUAUAUUCCUACCACCACAAAGGGAAUGGAUACCAGUGAUGAUUCAACUGAUAACUUGUCAGAAUUAUCAAAUAUUCUUGAACUUGUUCAAAUCAUGAAAUCUGUUCCAAAGAGAGAAUCAUUGGCUCCACGCUUAUUCUCUCUUUUGAAGGAAUUGAGAGUAGAGUUGGAUACCAACAAGUACAGAGUUGAAUACCCAAUUACUAUGAUCUUAUCCGUGUUGUAUUCAAUUAGUACCAAGCUUGAUGAAGAAGGAGAAGAAAGAAACGUCCUCGCCAAGAAGGUUGAAAAGACUUUCGAUGUUGAUCUCAUUCUCAAGUGUCUUACUGAAAGUGAUUCAUCUCAAAUCAGAAAUCAUGCUAUUCUUUUGUUGGGUGAACUUGCCUCAAUCUUCCCUCUUCAAAUUAUUGAACAAAUUUUGGCUGUUAUGAAGGCUGUUGAAGGAAGUUUGAAGGAAAAGGAAGGUUUUGCUUUUGAUGCCAUUCAAAAGACCGUCCUUCAAAUUGUUCCAAAGCUCGUUGAACAAAAUAUGGACAUUAAGUUUAUUGUCAACGUAUUUGUCAACUCUAUGAAGUAUAUUCCAAAGGAAAAACGUCUUUCAUUCUUCUCAUCACUUGUUAAGGGAACAUCAAGAAAGAACAUUUAUGGUUUCGUACUUCUCAUGUUGACCCAAUGUGUUAAAAAUGGUGAUCAAGAAGACAGUGCAAUGAUUACUGCUUUCUGCCACGAACUCGUCGAAUAUUUCCAAGUUAGCAAGCAACUUGUUGCUUUGGUUAAGUUGGUCAACAUUGGUUUAUCAAUCUCAAAGGAUGAUGAUCCAAAGAACUCUUUCUAUACUCCUUCAGAAUAUUCUGAUGAAGAACGUCUUGCUUUGCUCGUCUUUAUUCUCGAAUUCAUUUCUGAACACUUAUCAUCAAUGGAAUUCUUGAGAAUGCUCAUUUUGGAAGAAGAAAAGGAUAAGGAAUCAUCUCAAAGUUAUUUGUUAACUGUUGCUGAAAACUUGAAUCAAAUCAGAGACAACAUCAAGGAACCAACUGUUGUUGAUUUGGUUGAUGAAGUUUAUGCUAAGAGUCAACAAUUGUUGAGCUCUCAAAGCUUUGUUGCUAUGAUUAAGGCUCUCUUAGACAGUAGUUCUGUUACUAUGAGAGAAAGAGCUCUCUUCAUUUUAAACACUAGACUUACAGAUGAAGCAUCUAGAAUGGUCUCCAAGUUGAUUGAAGACGAAGAUGUUUUCAUUACACUUCUCAAGAGAUUGAAGGCUAUUCUUAGUGAUGCCAAAUCAAGCAACUUCCUCGUCCAAGGAUCAAUCAUUUCAGUUGAACUUAUGGCCAGAAGAUUUGCUAAGAACAAACCAAAACGUUUCGUAGCUAUCACACCAGCUGUCAUUGCUCAUUUGCAACACAAGUCUGCUGCUAUUAUCUCUUCUGCUGCUUUAUGCCUUUCAACUUUAUGUUUUGAAUUGGGUAGUGAUUCAUUGGAAUUCUUACCACAAAUCUGUCCAACUUUCACUGAACACAUUUCUGCUGUUAUUGCCAAGGAAGAAGACAUUUUGGAAGACGAAGAUGAAAAGGAUGAUGCUGAUUCUAAGCAACUCUUAGUUUUUGGUAUUCUCUCUGCUUUGGAAUUAAUUUCUAGAGUUCAUCUCAAGUUUAUGAGUCCAUACUUGAAGAGCAUCAUGAAUAUCUUGUUGAGCACUAGAAUUAUCCAUUCUACUUCUAAGAAGAUUGCUCAAAAGGCUUCUGACAUUUUAUUCUUCUUGGCCACCAAUGCUGAAACCAGACAUAUCCUUGAACCAGUAUUUGCCUCUUUGGAAGCUUCAGUUGCUUUUGGUCACGAAUCAGUGGUUAAACUCAUGACUGUUGUUUAUGAAAUUGUCAAUGUUAUGGAUGCCAAAUCAGUUGAAUCAUUCCAUUUGAAUAUUAUUGAUUUCUUCUUGGAAGCUUUGGACUUGAGAAGAAAGGGCAAGUUCGAAGGAAAGGCUCUUGAAACAGUUGAAAAGGCAAUUUGUUCUUCAUUCGAAGCAUUCGUUUUGAAGCUUAAUGAAGAUUUACUCAAGCCAUCCAUUAAGAAGAUGCUUGAUUGGGCAAGAGAACCUGUCUCUGCAAAGGAAGACUCUGCCAGUAACUAUUUGGAUUAUGGUGAUCACAAGUUUGCACCACCAGAUGCUGCUAGAUUGAUUGCUUUCUAUAAGAUUGUUAUUAGUAUGAACAUCAAAUUGGGUUUCCUUUUCAUUCCAUACUUUGGAUAUUUAUGGCAAAAUAUUAUUAGAGAUAUCAAGGCUGUUUGUGGUGAAGAAGAUGAAGAAUCUGACGAAGAAGAAGAAACAAAGGAAAAUUCAAAGAAGAGAAAGUUGAAGGAAUUAACAACCAAGAAGCAACCAAAGCUCUGUAUUAUUUCGUCAUCUGAAGAAAGAAAUCAACUUGCCUAUUUGAUUCUCAACGCCUUAACACUCUGUUUCCUCAAUGAUAGAGAAUCAUUUGUUAGUUCAAAUGAUAGAUUUGAACAAUUAGUUGAACCACUUGCCAAGAUUCUUGGAGUUGAAGAAGUCUGUGAACACAAUUAUGAACUCAUUACCAAGACAUUUGGUUCCCUUGCUAGUGUUGUUACUCAACAACAAUGGAAACCACUCCAAUACCAAGUUUUACAAAAAACUAAGAAUGAAUCAACUAUUUGUAAGAGAACUGCAAUUGGUUGCAUUGCUUCAUUCUAUGAAUACGUAGGAAAGGAAUUUAUUAUCAUGUUACCUGAAAUGAUGCCAUACGUUGCUGAAUUAUUAGAAAGCGAAGAUGAAGAAGUUUUGAAGGAUACUCGUAACAUUGUCUUGACUAUUGAACAAAAGACUGGUGAAGAAAUUUCACACUUCUUAUCCGAAUAAAUUCAUACUAAAGUUUCAUCAC